UUUGGAGGAAAUUUUCUGCUCUACAGCAUUCAGCAGCGCUACGUGCUCCUUCUGCAAUGCCCUAAAAAAGAAUAAGCAAGGGCUUUCUCCGAAGACAUGAACUUCUGACCAUGGGGGACUGGAACUUGUUGGGCAGCAUCCUCGAGGAAGUCCACAUCCACUCCACCAUUGUUGGCAAAAUCUGGCUCACGAUCCUGUUCAUAUUCCGGAUGCUGGUGCUGGGAGUGGCUGCCGAAGAUGUCUGGGAUGACGAGCAGUCGGAGUUCAUCUGCAACACGGAGCAGCCUGGCUGCAGCAAUAUCUGCUAUGACAAAGCCUUCCCCAUCUCUUUGAUCAGAUACUGGGUAUUGCAGGUCAUAUUUGUCUCGUCUCCGUCUCUAGUUUACAUGGGCCACGCGCUCUACAGGUUAAGGGCUCUAGAGAAGGAGCGGCAGAAGAGGAAAGCCCACCUGCGGGCUCAGCUGGAGGACCUGGAGCCCAUGCCUGAGGAACACAGGCGAGUGGAGAGGGAGCUGCGGAAGCUGGAGGAACAGAAGAAGGUGAACAAGGCACCCCUGAGAGGGUCUCUGCUGCGCACCUACGUGCUACAUAUCCUGACCCGCUCGGUGGUCGAGGUGGGCUUUAUGAUAGGUCAGUAUCUUCUCUACGGGUUCCACAUGCCCCCCCUUUACAAGUGCACUCGCCCCCCUUGCCCUAACACGGUGGAUUGCUUUGUGUCCCGGCCCACAGAGAAGACCAUCUUCAUGCUUUUCAUGCACAGCAUCGCCGCCGUCUCCCUCUUCCUCAACAUCCUGGAGAUCGCCCACCUGGGCCUCAACAAGAUCCACAAGACCCUGGCGGGCCAGCCGCGGAGGCCGGCGGGCCGGGCUGACGACGAGGCCGGCCCCUGCCACCCCACCAACAGCUCGGCGAUGCCUCCUCGCCCUUCGACCUCUCCUCCGCCGCCUCCCUCCUCCUCCUCGGCCGCCGCCGGGGGCCUCCAGCGCCGGGGGGAGCCCGGAGCCGCCGCCCCGCCGCGCCGCCGCCCCCCGGGCUCGGUGCAGCACCGCGGACAGAGGCCGCCGGCCUCCUCCAGCAGCGAGGAGGCUCCGCCGGGCACGGCGGGGACAGCGGGGCCGGGGCCGGGGAUGUCCCGCCGGCUGCCCCGCAAGCACAGCCGGGUGAGCGCCUGCAGGGACGUGGAGGAGGAUCGCGGCGAGUCCCCCGACAGCGGGCACUGCCCCGGCACCCGCAAGUCCAGCUUCCUCUCCAGGGUGCUGCCCGUGAGCCCCGAGGGCAGCGGCAACCAGAGCGCUGCCUCCCCGGGGGGCUCCGCCACCGGCUCCGGGGCCGGCUCCCCGUCGGGCUGCGAGGGGCAGCGGAGCCAGGAGGGCAGCCCGGCAGGCAGCCCGCCGCCGCCCGCCGCCGCCACGGGACGACGGGUGUCCAUGGCAAGUAGCGCCCCGCUGCCCGUGGGGCAGAUGGUGGUGGGAGACUGGGGGAACCGGGGGGAUCGGGGUGACCUGGAGGCUCGGGGGGAUCAGUCCCGGGGAGGAGCGGAUGAGGCGGGGGUCUGGGAGGCUUCUCCAAGCUCCCUGGCACAGCCCCGUCAUGGUGGGUCCCGCUGGGUGACAGGACCCCAGCACAUCAGUCCCCUGGUGCUGUGUGAGCCAAAGCAUUGCCAGGGCAUCCCUGAGGGACUCCAAGACUCCCAAAGCAUCACCAAGGCAUCCCCGAGGGUCUCCAGGUCACCAGAGCUUGGCUCCGUUACGCUCAUCACAUCGCCAUGGGGCUGCCAUCCGUCCCUCGGUCAGCUCCGGCCUUCUUGA